ACUUGCCCUCUCUCCCUGCAGCCUCCUGAAUGAUGCCAGCGCAAUGUUCCCGAGCCUCCAGCCUGGCCCUCCUGCUGCUGUUGGGCGCAGUCCGAGCAGGCCCUUUCUCUCCACGCUCCAAUAUGACACUCCCAGCCCCUCGGCCCCCUCCUCAGCCAGGGGGCCGCACAGCGGAGCCAAGAGGGGGGAACCCCUCUUCUCAGCUUUACGAGCACAUUGUAGAAGGAGGGGAAAAGCAGGUGGUGUUCACCCACCGCAUUAACCUGCCCCCUUCAGCUGGCUGUGGCUGUCCCCCAGGCACUGAGCCCCCUGUCCCUGCUUCAGAGGUGCAGGCCUUGAGGGUCCGGCUAGAGAUCCUGGAGGAGUUGGUGAAGGGGCUCAAGGAACAGUGCACUGCGGGAUGCUGUCCUGCUGCUGCCCAGGCUGGCACAGGCCAGACCGACGUUCGUAGCCUCUGCAGCCUCCACGGCGUGUUUGACUUGAACCGCUGCGCCUGUUCCUGCGAGCCUGGCUGGGGUGGGCCCACCUGCUCCGACCCCACGGACUCCCGAGUGUCCCCUUCCUCCCCACCCUCUGCUUCCGGGUCCUGCCCAGAUGACUGCAACGAUCAGGGGCGCUGUGUCCGUGGUCGCUGCGUGUGCUUCUCUGGCUACACGGGCCCCAGCUGUGGCUGGCUGGUUAUGGGCUGGAUCCCCCUAUGCGUGGAGGGCUUCCGAGGCCCCGACUGCGCCAUCCAGACGUGCCCUGGGGACUGCCUGGGCCGCGGAGAGUGUCGCGAGGGCAGCUGCGUCUGCCUGGAGGGCUAUGCGGGGGAGGACUGCGGGGAAGAGGUGCCAGCCAUUGAGGGCAUGAGGAUGCAUCUCCUGGAGGAGACGACGGUUCGGACAGAGUGGACCCGGGCUCCAGGCCCGGUGGAUGCCUAUGAGAUUCAGUUCAUCCCCACGCCAGAGGGCGCGAGCCCGCCGUUCACUGCGCGGGUGCCCAGCUCUGCCUCCGCCUAUGACCAGAGAGGACUGGCCCCCGGGCAGGAGUACCAGGUCACUGUCCGCGCCCUUCGAGGGACCAACUGGGGCCCUCCUGCCUCCAAGACCAUCACCACCAUGAUCGAUGGCCCCCAGGACCUCCGGGUGGUGGCCGUGACGCCAACCACACUGGAGCUCGGCUGGCUGCGCCCCCAGGCCGAGGUGGACCGAUUCGUGGUGUCCUACGUCAGUGCUGGCAACCAGAGGGUGCGGCUGGAAGUGCCCGCCGAGGCAGACGGGACACUGCUGACUGACCUGAUGCCAGGCGUGGAGUACGUGGUGACCGUCACGGCGGAGCGGGGCCGGGCAGUGAGCUACCCGGCCUCUGUCAGGGCCAACACAGGGUCCUCGCCUUCCGGCCUCUUGGGGGCCACUGAUGAGCCUCCUCCCUCAGGCCCUUCCACGACUCAAGGAGCCCAGGCGCCCGGCCUGCAGCAGCGCCCCCAGGAGCUGGGGGAGUUGAGAGUGCUGGGCAGAGACGAGACAGGGCGCCUCCGUGUGGCCUGGAUGGCCCAGCCUGACACCUUUGCCCACUUCCAGCUGCGCCUCCGGGUGCCCAAUGGGCCAGGGUCGCAUGACCAACUACUGCCCGGGGAUGUCCGGCAGGCACUGCUGCCCCCACCCCCUCCUGGAGCCUCCUAUGAGCUGUCACUUCGUGGGGUGCCCCCUGAGGGCGAGCCCUCUGCCCCUCUCAUCUACCAAGGCAUUAUGGACAGCGACGGGGAAAAGCCCGGGAAGCCCUUGGCCCCACCGCGCCUGGGCGAGCUGACAGUGACCGACGUGACCUCCAGCUCCCUGCUCCUGCACUGGACGGUCCCGGAGGGCGAGUUCGACUCCUUCGUGAUCCAGUACAAAGACAGGGACCAGCCCCGGGUGGUGCCUGUGGAGGGGCCCCAGCGCUCGGCCCUCAUCACCAACUUGGAUGUGGGCCGCAAGUACAAAUUCCUCCUGUACGGCUUUGUGGGCAGGAAGAGGCACGGCCCCCUGGCGGCUGAAGCCAAGAUCUUGCCUCGGAGUGAUCCCAGCCCAGAGACCCUGCCCCGCCUGGGCACGCUGUGGGUGACGGAGCCCACCCCACACUCGCUGCGCCUCUCCUGGACGGUCCCCGAGGGCCACUUUGACUCCUUCGUGGUUCAGUACAGGGACAGGGAUGGGCGGCCCCAGGUGGUGCCCGUGGAAGGGCCCGAGCGCUCCAUCACUGUCUCCCCGCUGGACGCCGACCACAAGUACAGAUUCACUCUGUUUGGGGUUGCCAACAAGAAGCGGCACGGCCCCCUCUCAGCCGAGGGCACCACUGCCCCAGAGAGGACAGAGGAGCCCCGCCCAGAGCCCCUUGAGCAGCCGCUGCUGGGGGAGCUGACAGUGACUGGCGCCACCCGAGACGCCCUGCGCCUGUCCUGGACCGUGGCCCGGGGCCGCUUCUCCUCCUUCGUGAUCCAGUACAAGGACGCACAGGGGCAGCCCCGGACAGUGCCUGUGAAGGGAGAGGAGAGCGCGGCCACCAUCGGCGGCCUGGAACCCGGCCGGAAGUAUAAAAUGACCCUCUAUGGCCUCCAUGGCCGGCAGCGUGUGGGGCCUGUGUCUGUGGUGGCCACCACGGCUCCCGACUACGAAGCUGUGACCACCCAAGUCCCACCCACCACGACCCCUGAGCCUCCCGUGAAGCCCCUGCUGGGGGAGCUGACGGUGACGGGAUCCUCCCCGGACUCGCUGAGCCUGUCCUGGACCGUCCCCCAGGGCCAGUUUGACCACUUCCUGGUCCAGUACAAGAACGGGGACGGGCAGCCCAAGGCGGUGCGGGUGCCGGGACACGAGGACGGGGUCACCAUCUCGGGCCUGGAGCCGGACCACAAGUACAAGAUGCACCUGUAUGGCUUCCACGACGGCCAGCGCCAGGGCCCCGCCUCUGUCACCGGGGUGACAGCCCCAGCACCGGGAGCCGCUCCUGCAGCCACCGAGCCGCCCUCGGGGCCGCGCCUGGGGGAGCUGACUGUGACCGGCGUGACCCCCCGCUCCGUGGGCCUCGCGUGGACCGUCCCCGAGGGCCAGUUUGACUCCUUCGUGGUCCAGUACGAGAACAGCGAUGGGCAGCUCCAGGUGGUGCCUGUGGCCGCAGACCAGCGUGAGGCCACCGUCCCCGGCCUGGAGCCCGCUCGCGGAUACAGGAUGCUAGUCUAUGGGCUCCACAGCGGGCAGCGCCUGGGCCCGCUCUCCGUGGGAGCCGUGACAGCUCCCCUCCCGCCAGCUCCAGCCACAGAGUCCCCCCAAGAGCCGCGCCUGGGGGAGCUGACGGUGACGGAUGUGACCCCGAGCUCCGUGGGCCUCUCGUGGACGGUUCCUGCGGGUGAAUUCGACUCCUUCGUGGUCCAGUACAAGGACAGGGACGGGCAGCCCCGGGUGGUGCCUGUGGCCGCAGACCAGCUCGCGGUCACUGUUCCCGGCCUGGAGCCCGACAGGAAGUACAGGUUCCUGCUCUUUGGGAUCCAGGAAGGGAAGCGACACAGCUCCGUUUCUGUGGAGGCAAAGACUGGGGCCCACGGUGACGCCAGCCCGCAGGCCCCGCCCCGCCUCGGGGAGCUGCGGGUGACAGAUCCCACCCCGGACUCCCUGCGCCUCUCCUGGACGGUCCCCGAGGGCCACUUCGACUCCUUCGUGGUCCAGUUCAAGGACAGGGACGGCCCCCGGAUGGUGCCUGUGGGUGGCCACGAGCGCUCGGUCACCAUCACCCCCCUGGACAGCGGCCGCACGUACAGAUUUCUCCUCUACGGCCUCCUGGGCAAGAGACGCCACGGCCCCCUCAGCGCGGACGGCACCACAGAGGCACAGGGUGCUGCGAGUGUCGCUGGAACAAAGCGCCCCCCAAAGCCCCGUCUGGGGGCAGAGCUACAGGUGACCAGCGUGACACCGGACUCCGUGGGCCUCGCAUGGACCGUCCCCGAGGGCCAGUUUGACUCCUUCCUGGUCCAGUACAAGGACAGGGAGGGGCGACCCCAGGUGCUGCCUGUGGAGGGCGGCCUCAGGGAGGCCAGAGUCUGGGGCCUGGACGCUGCCCGCAGGUACAAGCUGCUGCUCUACGGGCUGCACCAGGGCAGGCGCGUGGGGCCCCUCUCGGCCUUCGCUGUGACAGGUGAGUGUGACUGCCGAACAGACUGUCCCGCCUCCCUCCAGGACAAGGACAGGGACGGGCGGCCCCAGGUGGUGCGUGUCGGAGGCGAGGAGAGCGAGGUCACCGUGCGGGGCCUGGAGCCGGGGCGCAAGUACAAGAUGCACCUGUACGGCCUGCACGGGGGGCGGCGCGUGGGCCCCGCGUCCACCCUGGGCCUGACCGCUGCAGAGGAGGAGACCCCCAGCCCCGCAGAACCCAGCACGGAGGCCCCAGAGCCCCCCGAGGAGCCCCUGCUCGGGGAGCUGACGGUGACGGGAUCCUCCCCGGACUCGCUGAGCCUGUCCUGGACCGUCCCCCGGGGCCACUUCGACGCCUUCACCGUCCAGUACAAGGACAGGGACGGGCGGCCCCAGGUGGUGCGUGUCGGGGGCGAGGAGAGCGAGGUCACCGUGCGGGGCCUGGAGCCGGGGCGCAAGUACAAGAUGCACCUGUACGGCCUGCACGGGGGGCGGCGCGUGGGCCCCGCGUCCACCCUGGGCCUGACCGAGCCCAGCACGGAGGCCCCACAGCCCCCCGAGGAGCCCCUGCUGGGGGAGCUGACGGUGACGGGAUCCUCCCCGGACUCGCUGAGCCUGUCCUGGACCGUCCCCCGGGGCCACUUCGACGCCUUCACCGUCCAGUACAAGGACAGGGACGGGCGGCCCCAGGUGGUGCGUGUCGGGGGCGAGGAGAGCGAGGUCACCGUGCGGGGCCUGGAGCCGGGGCGCAAGUACAAGAUGCACCUGUAUGCCGCCCAGGAGGUAGUGGAGGAGACCCCGAGCUCCACAGAGCCCAGCACCGAGGCCCCACAGCCCCCCGAGGAGCCCCUGCUGGGGGAGCUGACGGUGACGGGAUCCUCCCCGGACUCGCUGAGCCUGUCCUGGACCGUCCCCCGGGGCCACUUCGACGCCUUCACCGUCCAGUACAAGGACAGGGACGGGCGGCCCCAGGUGGUGCGUGUCGGGGGCGAGGAGAGCGAGGUCACCGUGCGGGGCCUGGAGCCGGGGCGCAAGUACAAGAUGCACCUGUACGGCCUGCACGGGGGGCGACGCGUUGGCCCCGCAUCCACCCUGGGCCUGACCGCCCCCAAAGCCGAGCCCCCUGCCGGCCCCCCCGUGAAGCCUCGACUCGGGGAGCUGACGGUGACGGGAUCCUCCCCGGACUCGCUGAGCCUGUCCUGGACCGUCCCCCAGGGCCAGUUUGACCACUUCCUGGUCCAGUACAAGAACGGGGACGGGCAGCCCAAGGCGGUACGGGUGCCAGGACAUGAGGACGGGGUCACCAUCUCAGGCCUGGAGCCGGACCACAAGUACAAGAUGCACCUGUAUGGCUUCCACGACGGCCAGCGCCAGGGCCCCGCCUCUGUCACCGGGGUGACAGGCUGCCUGCCCCGGGGGCGCCGCGUGGGCCCCGCGUCCACCCUGGGCCUGACCGCCACCCUGCCCUCGGAGCCCCCGGUGGCACCCCGCCUGGAGGAGCUAGCUGUGGCCGCCGUGACCUCAGACUCCGUGCUCCUGUCCUGGACGGUGGCCCAGGGCCCUUUCGACUCCUUCCUGGUCCAGUACAGGGACGAGCAGGGGCAGCCCCAGGCAGUGCCCGUGGGUGGAGACCUCCGGGAGGUCACCGUCUCCGGCCUGGCCCCUGCCCGCAAGUACAAAUUCCUACUCUUUGGAGUGCAGGGUGCGAAACGGCAUGGCCCACUCUCUGCGGACGCCAAGACCCUCCCAGACACACAACCUCCGCGCCUGGGGGAGCUGACAGUGACCGGCGUGACCCCGGACUCCGUGGGCCUCGCGUGGACAGUCCCCCAGGGCAAGUUCGACUCCUUCAAGGUCCAGUACAAGGACAGACACGGGCAGUCCCGGGUGGUGCCCGUGGCCGCAGACCAGCGCGAGGCCACCGUCGGCGGCCUGGAGCCCCACCGGAAGUACAGGUUCCUGCUCUAUGGGCUGGCAGGCGGGAGGCAGCUGGGCCCCGUCCCCCCUGAGGGCACCACAGCCCCAGAAGAGGACACACCCGCCCCCUGGCAAGUUGCCACAGGGGCCCCCGACACCCCCGGAGGGCCCCGCCUGGGGGAGCUGGCCGUGACCGACAGCACCCCGGACUCCCUGCACCUCGCAUGGACGGUGGCCAGGGGCCCCUUCGACUCCUUCGUGGUGCAGUACUGGGACGCAGACGGCACCCUGGGGCCCAGCACCGCCUACAAGUUCUUCCUCUAUGGCCUCCACGAAGGGAAGCGCCUGGGGCCCGUCUCCAUGGAGGGCACCACAGGGUCGGCCCCUGCCGGGCAGACGCCAGGGGGGCCGGGGCCCCGGCUGUCCCAGCUGUCCGUGACCGACGUGACCACCAGCUCCCUGCGGCUCAACUGGGAGGCCCCCCCCGGGGCCUUCGACUCCUUCCUGCUCCGCUACGGGGUCCCCUCAGCAAGCACUCCGGGGCCGCACCCGCGUCCCCCGCUGCAGCGGGAGGUGACCGUGCCGGGGACGCAGCUCUCGGCCGUGCUCCGGGACCUGCGCCCGGGGACCCUGUACAGCCUGACGCUGUACGGGUUCCCCGGGCCCCACCAGGCCGACAGCGUGCAGGGCCAGGCUCGGCACAUCUCGCCCUCAGUUCUGGAGAGCCCCCGGGACCUACAGUUCAGCGACAUCGGGGAGACCUCAGCCAAGGUCAGCUGGACGCCCCCACCGUCCAGAGCCGACAGCUUCAAAGUGUCCUACCAGCUGGUGGACGGAGGGGAGCCACAGAGUGUGCUGGUGGGCGGCAGAGCCCGGACCCAGCAGCUCGGGGGGCUGGUCCCAGGCGCCCACUAUGAGGUGACCGUGGUGUCCGUCCGAGGCUUCGAGGAGAGCGAGCCGCUCACCGGCUUCCUCACCACGGUUCCGGACGGCCCCACCCAGCUGCGCGCACUGAACUUGACGGAGGGAACCGCCACUGUGGACUACCCCCUGCAGGGCCUGGAGCUCCACACCAACUACACAGCCACCGUGCACGGCCUUCGGGGCCCCAACCUCACCUCUCCAGCCAGCAUUGUCUUCACCACAGGCUUGGAGGGCCCCCGGGACUUGGAGGCCAAAGAAGUGACCCCCCGCACUGCCCUGCUUACGUGGACUGAGCCCCAAGUCCUGCCCACUGGCUACCUGCUCACCUACGACACCCCUGAUGGACAGACCCAGGAGAUCCUGCUCCCAGGAAGUGUCACCUCUCACCAGCUCCUGGUGCUGAAUAAACAAAGGAAGGGGGCUCGAAUGUCCACCACCUACAGAGCCUGGCUCCGGGCCAUGUGGGGCGAGGCCCUCACGCCGCCCAUGUCCACCUCCUUCACCACUGGUGGACUGCAGGUCCCCUUUCCCCGGGACUGUGGGGAGGAGAUGCAGAACGGGGCGGGCACCUCCAGAACCACCACCAUCUUCCUCAAUGGAAACCGCGCGCGGCCACUGGACGUGUUUUGUGACAUGGAGACUGACGGGGGCGGCUGGCUGGUGUUCCAGCGCCGCAUGGAUGGACGCACGGACUUCUGGAGGGACUGGGAGGACUAUGCCCACGGUUUUGGGAACAUCUCCGGGGAGUUCUGGCUGGGCAACGAGGCCCUGCACAGCCUGACCAGCCACGGGGACUACUCCAUGCGUGUGGACCUGCGGGCUGGGGGUGAGAUGGCGUUCGCCCAGUACGACUCCUUCCGGGUAGACUCGGCUGCUGACUACUACCGCCUCCACCUGGAGGGCUACCACGGCACAGCAGGGGACUCCAUGAGCUACCACAGUGGCAGUGUCUUCUCUGCCCGAGACCGCGACCCCAACAACUUGCUCAUCUCCUGCGCUGUCUCCUACCGAGGGGCCUGGUGGUACAGGAACUGCCACUACGCCAACCUCAACGGGCUCUACGGGAGCACAGUGGACCACCAGGGAGUGAGCUGGUACCACUGGAAGGGCUUCGAGUUCUCCGUGCCCUUCACGGAGAUGAAGCUGAGACCCAGAGGCUACCGGGCGCCC